AGGAUAAUAAUACACAUUUCUAGUUUCUGUAGCCUGCAGUCUGUACCCAUAUAAAAGCAAAACCCAAAUCUCCCUCCACGGCUCCACCCGCUCAAAAAUGUCCCCAACCGGCCAUAACACCAAUCUCCCAAACCCGAACUCAUGGAUCAUCGACACAGACCUGGACGGGAUCGACCUGGACCCAUCAGACUUCGGGUCCUCCAUACCCCUCAAGAAGGUCCCAAACGGCGACGUUUUCGAAGCAUCACGAGCCGGAGACGUGGACCGCCUCAAGUACUUGUUGGAGUCCGGCGUGAACGUCAACGCUCGGGACCAGUGGGACUCGGUGGCGCUCUACUACGCUUGCUUGGCGGGUCACCUCGACGCCGCGAGGAUGUUGCUUGAGAGUGGUGCCAUAUGUUCAGAGCACACUUUUGAUGGCGAUAGGUGUCACUAUGCAGCGCUGAACUUGAAGGUUAGGAAGCUUUUGAAGGCAUUUGAAGCUAGGCCACCGCCUCUGGGUCCAUUGCAGGGUGCUUUGAGAGACACUUUCUUGGCUUGUGCUGGCAACAGGGAAUACUCGGACCAUCCUGAUUAUGGUGUGUCAUCCAAUGGGGGAUCCAGUUCCUACCACUUCCCACCAGAUGUGGUAUUUUUUGUGCAAGGUAGUCCUAUUGAAGCUCACAGAGUUAUAUUAAGUGCUCGGUCACCAUUUUUUAAGAGGAAGUUUGAAACUGAUUGGAAAGACCGCAAGGAAGUAAGAUUUGCAAGGGAAAAGUUAUCUUAUACUGCUCUUUACAGCCUUAUCCACUUCUUUUAUUCUGAUAGACUAGAGAUUGCAGUAGAUGACAUGGAGGAUCUUGUGAGAAUAUGCAAAGUAUGCAAAUGUGAAUCAUUACAAAGGAUUCUUGAGAAAGAAUUGAUUCACCAGAAAUUUGCGGAAUACAAAGCACUGAGAGACUUAGAUAAUUCUCAGAAACGGUUCAUUUUACAGGGCUUGUCCCUUCCUGAAGAAGAUCGACUUCCUGCAGCAUUGCAUCAAAUCCUUCAAAUUUCCCUUGCCAAUUCCACCAGGGAACACAACCAAGACAACAACGUUGAGGAAUUAUCAUAUAAUGUUGGUGCAAUGCAGAUCAAUGAUGUUGUUGAUGAUCUUGCAGAUGUUUGUGUAAGAGUUGAUAAAAAUAUUUUUCGUUGCCAUCAAGUAGUUUUAGCAUCAAGGUCAGAAUACUUUAGAGCAAGAUUGUCUCGAAUGAAGGAUUUUUAUGAAGGAAAAGAUGCAUUACCUGUUGAUACACUUCCAUUUCUUGACGAACAUGAUUUGAGGACAGAAGCAUUUGAGAAGAUGAUUGAGUAUAUGUACACUGAUGGCUUGAAGGAUAUAGACCCGGAUCAGGCAGAGGAAAUGUUUGAUGCUGCUUCUAGAUACUUGUUAUUUCCUCUUAAGCGAGCUGUAGCUGAUGUACUAUUGCCACACCUGGAAAUGGCCUCACCUGCAGAAUUGUGCCAUUGGUUGAUAUUAUCGGACAUGUAUGGUGUUUUCAAGAUACGGGAGUACUGUCUAGACACGAUAGCCUGUAAUUUUGAGACUUUUGCUGAUACACCAGAAUUCCGAGCAAUGCUGUUGACAGUCCCACCACCAUCUGGGGAUUCCUCACUUCGCACCACUGUUCCAAGUGCUCCAGGAGCUGUAGUCAAUACAGACCAAGCAAAUCUUCUUGAUGAUUUACGAGAGAAGUGGCUUGAAGCUGAAGCUGCUGAGCUUGACAAGAGAGAUGAGAGUGCUUUACUCUUUGACAAGCGCCUUGAGAUGCUUGUGCUUGUUGCUGAACGAGAAAAAUCUGAUGGAGCUCCUGCUGAUGAUAUUCAUGAUGGUUUUAGAUCACCUGUAUCCCCUCCUACCUCUUUCCCCAUGCCAAGCAAACAAGAAGAGUGAGUGUAGGUUCAUAGACAAUUUUUUUUAAUGAUGUAUAAAUAAAACAUUUUUUUGGUUGUAGUGGACAAUAAAUUGAAAUGACUCAAGAGUACUUUAGUUGGGUUUUUUUUUUGUAACUUUAGUUACUCAAGCAUCCAUGAAUUUUAUUUCUUAGGUUUAUUAUUUAUUUUGAAUUAUGGUGUAAUUGGUUACAGUUAAUGAUCUAAUGAAAUACUUGUUGGAUGGAAUAA